CAGCGGCCAGUUGAUCGCCAGCCGUGCCAUCGAUCGGUCAGGUCUCUGCAGCCAGUUUAUAGCCGCCAGUUUAACGACGAUAGUUAAAUAAUAAUAACAAGCAACAUUAGCAUCGAAGGCAAUCCGAGAGUGGAGAGCAAUGUUACGUGGAGGGGAAACGAGGGGCUUCAUAUCAGCCCUAAUCUUCACGAGCCUCUGUCUGGGCUUCUGUCGGGGAUACUUCAGUCUGGAGGUGGGUGAUCCCUGUCCCACGGCCAACUAUCGCAGUCGCUGCCAAGCGGUGGAGGACUGUGAGACCUUGGCAUCACAUCUCCGAGCAGGACGACUCACAUUGCAGACGGUGAUGAACUGCGGCUUCACCACGCGCAGCGAGAAGAUCUGCUGUCCCGUCGAGGAUGCGCACAGUGAGGUGCGGAUGGAUCCCACUACCAGCAGAACUACUGCUAGCAGCACAACAUCCACUACAACAACUACUACUUCUACCACCACCACCACUACCACUUCCACCACUACCACCACUACCACAACUCCAGCACCAGUACCCGAACCCUGGCUGAGCAUAUUCAAGACGGAUCGCGAGUACGUCGAGCGCUCCAUUGGCCCAACUCACCGGCCAACGCGGGAGAGCAUCGCCUUCAGGGACACCUCCGUUGGAGCCGAGUGCACGGCACCCCUGUACGAGGGCCAGUGCCGUGCCGUGUCCGCCUGCCCCAGUGUGGAGCCACUCCUGUCGCAGGGUCGCCUCAGGGAUGAGGACUUCACCACGUGCCGCGAGGGAACGCACGAGGAGAUCAUCUGCUGUCCGCUCAAUCUGCCCCUGCAGCCACGCGUUCACAGCGGCUUGCGUCUGGGCAUCCAGGCUGAUUCAUCGGAGGCAAAAGCUGCGGAGGAUCCCUUGGAGCUGGCCGCCAUUGCACGGGCGGAUAGCCUGCUGCCCCACUAUCGCCAUCUGGCUUCGCUGGCCCAUCCGAAUGCCGCCUUCGAUGGCCACCUGCAUCACUGUGCCGCCCUGGUCCUGACCCCACAGCUCCUGGUCAGCGCCGCCGGCUGCGAACGACCGAGUCAUGCCGUUUUCGGGGUGGCUGACUUGCGGGACGUGGACGCCGACGAGGACUAUCUGGCGGACAUAGUGCGCCUGGUUCAGUUUCAAAGAGAUCUGUCGGUCAUACGACUGCAGGAUGCACUGCGUCUGGGCAGUCAGACCACCGCCAAUGUGAGCGUGGCGCCCAUUUGCACCCAGUUCGAGUUGGCCAGGCUGCAGCGGAGCGGUCACUUGGUGGCCGUUGGUUGGGGCAAGGGUGAAGACACGGACUGUCCGCUGUACGAGAUGCCCAUGCGACUGCGUCCCACAUGGGCCUGCGGGGAGCUGCCCAACUACGGCGGAGUGCAGAAUCUGGGCAGCUCACAUCUGUGCGUGGAGCCGCUGGGCGGCGACAGGGAGCUGCAGCGGUUCUCCAACAGCAGCACCUGCGCCGCCUGUCCGGCUUCCGUGAGCAGUGUGCUCCAUCUGGUGCGACCAGGUGGUGGUCGCUGCGUCAUUGGGGUGGCCACGCCCACCGGGGCCGAGUGCGAGGCACGAACCAUGUACUUUACGGGUCUGCUGAGUCCACAGUUCCGGCGGUUUGUGGAGCAGGAGCAGAAGUAGUCAUCUUAAGUUAGCCUAGUGUGCUAGAUAAUGUAUUCGUAGCUAGGUAAAAUGAUCAGGUAUAAUUUGGAUUAGAAGAAUGCAGCAAUGAACUUAACAUCACAAGCAUGCACAUGCCACACUGUCACACUGUCACACUUGUGAAGCAGUUCAGUCAGCAUGGUCACACUGCAGGCCAUCUGACUGAUCUGACUGUACUUUUAUGCCUAAGAAUAUGUCAGUAGACAUCUACAUAAAACCUCACUAUAGUGAAUAAAUUAAUGUAAGAAACAA